GGUUUCUAUUUUGAAAGCAGCUCAGAUUUGCCUUUUUCCGGUCAGGAUUUAGCCGUGGAAGGAAUUAUCGUAGUUUCAAUAAACUACAGAUUGAAUAUUUUUGGGUUUUUCUGCCUGGGAUCUGCAGAAGCCAGAGGGAAUUUGGGUUUAUUAGACCAAUAUUUUUCCCUCCUAUGGGUGAAGGAAAAUAUCAAACAUUUUGGAGGCGAUCCUGAAAAAUUAACAUUGUUUGGGUUUGGUUCCGGGGCCGCUAGUGUAACUUUACAUUUAAUAUCUCCUAGAACCGCCGGCAUUUUUCAAAGAGCAAUUAUUUCAUCUGGAAGUGCCCUAACCCCUUGGUUAACCUCAAACGACCCGACUGUGGCUUCCAGGGAAGUUUUAAGGUUAUUAGGAUGUUCCUCUUAUGUGGUUAAUGCUAUGAAUUGUAUUAGAUCGAAGAAAGUUGAGCACAUUUUUCAGGCACUGGAGGAAUAUUCGGAAUCCUACAAUUGGUCAGAUAGAUUUAUGCCGGUGGUGGAUACUUUUUUACCGGCAAAUAACCGCUAUUUGCCGGUUGAACCCACGAAAGCUUUAAAAGAUGGCACUUACCUCCAAGUUCCUAUAUUAACUGGUAUCACUAAACCCAUUGCAAAUCAACAAUUUGUUAAAUGGUUGGAGUUGGCUAGCCAGGGCUACUCUCAAUUGCAACAAUACACGGAAAGAGCGAAAAUCCCGGAAAUAAUGCGUUUGUAUAGAUUCAACGGAAACAUAAAAGAUCAAAUUUUUGAAUUGAUCAAAUGGAGAUACACUUCAUUUAUUGAAGCUGAUGUGAGGAUUCUUUUUCAACAGUUAAAAAAUUUGGAAUUUGAAUCAAAAAUUGAAGCUACCCACUUCAUGCAGCUGUCCAGCUUAGUUUCUUCGUAUGUACAACCGAUAUAUGUUUAUUUUAUUGAUGAUAUCGGUUUUGUACUCAAUACAACAGCCAGUACCGAGUUAUUGUUGCUGUUUGGUCCAGUGUUAUUAAAACAAGCUGGUAGGAGACGGUUCAAUCCUGUUGAAGCUCGCCUCAGCAAUUUACUGAAAUACAUGUGGGUUAAUUUUAUUAACUUUGGAAACCCAACUCCAAAUAACAACAAAAACAAACCAUGGAGGAAAUAUACAUCGGAAGAUCCAUACAUAGAGCACUUUGAAACGGUUAAAGCAGUUGAUUCAAAUGCCGAGGUCAAGCAACGAAUCCAGGGGAUACAUUUUUGGAAUACGCUGCUUCCAAAAAUAAAUUCCAUUAAAAAUACAUUGCCACACACUUUGCCCAAGGAACUGCAAAACAGUCCAGAUCCUGCAGCUGGGUUUAGGAACGCUAUGUAUACAUUGUUAGGUUUGGUUAUAGCACUAUUAAUACUGUUAACAAUUUGUUUGUUUUUGCUUAAAAGGCGGGCCAAAGAAGGGCCUAGUCGUUUUCACAUGGGAUAUUAA